GGACUCCACAGGUGGCGCUGGGUUUGGUCUGAGGAAAGGUGUGGUUCAGGCUGCCCAAUAGGCGGCCUCCCAGUGUUAGAACUGUUCUUCCUCAGUUUUAGCAUCCCCUGCAAAAGCCCUAAAAAUCAAAGAAUUUUGACCCUCACCUUUCAUUUUACUACUUGCGUAGCCUAAGUCAAGACAGAAAAUAAGGCAGUAAUAAUGAGUACACAUAUCACUAUAAAGUUCAGUUAAAUUCGGAAACGUAAUAAGGGAGUCUCUGGGGGCUUAAUUUAAAAAGGACUUUCCAAUUAUGAGACUACCAGGAAAAAAGCGGCCCCAACGCUAACAGUAGCUAGUAUUUGUUGAAAGCUUACUACAUGUCAGGAACUCUGCUAAUAGCUUUACAUGUGUGAUCUCAUUUAUCCACAUUUAUCCAAGCAUCCUAUGGGGUUAUUACUAUUAUCCCCAUUUUAAAGAGGAUGAAACAGCUACGGAGAAAAUGGAGAAAGACGUUAAGGACUUCCAAGUGGCCUCCCUCCACUGGCCAGGUCCAAGAGAGGGCUCACAGGAGCAGGUGCUUGUUCAGGGCUGAAGGUGACGGUGCCCUCACACACCGUCCACGGCAUCAGGGGCCAGGCCCUCUACCUCCCCGUGCACUAUGGCUUCCACACCCUGGCAUCAGACAUCCAGAUCAUAUGGCUGUUUGAGAGGCCCCAUACCAUGCCCAAAUACCUGCUAGGCUCUGUGAAUAAGUCUGUGGUUCCUGACUUGGAAUACCAACACAAGUUCACCAUGAUGCCACCCAAUGCAUCUCUACUCAUCAACCCACUGCAGUUCACUGAUGAAGGCAAUUACAUCGUGAAGGUCAACAUUCAGGGAAACGGAACGCUAUCUGCUAGUCAGAAGAUACAAGUCACUGUCGAUGAUCCUGUCAAAAAGCCAGUGGUGCAGACUCAUCCUCCCUCUGGGGCUGUGGAGUAUGUGGGGAAUAUGACCCUGACAUGCCGGGUGGAAGGGGGCACUCGGCUAAUUUACCAGUGGCUAAAAAAUGGAAGGCCUGUCCACACCAGCUCCACCUAUUCCUUUUCUCCCCAAAACAACAUCCUUCAUAUUGCUCCGGUAACCAAGGAAGACAUUGGGAAUUACAGUUGCCUGGUGAAGAACCCUGUCAGUGAGAUGGAAAGUGACAUCAUUAUGCCCAUCAUAUAUUAUGGACCUUAUGGACUUCAAGUGAAUUCUGAUAAAGGACUGAAAGUAGGGGAAGUGUUUACUGUUGACCUUGGAGAAGCCAUCCUAUUUGAUUGUUCUGCUGAUUCUUAUCCCCCCAACAUCUACUCCUGGAUCCAGAGGGCUGACAAUACAACAUAUGUCAUUAAGCAUGGGCCUCGCUUGGAAGUUGCUUCUGAGGAAGUAGCCCAGAAGACAACUGACUAUGUGUGCUGUGCUUACAACAACAUAACUGGAAGGCAAGAUGAAACUCGUUUCACAGUUAUAAUCACUUCUAUAGGACUGGAGAAGCUUGCACAAAAAGGGAAAUCAUUGUCCCCUUUAGCUUGCAUAACUGGAAUAUCACUAUUUUUGAUUAUAUCCAUGUGUCUUCUAUUCCUAUGGAAAAAAUAUCAACCCCACAAAGUUAUAAAACAGAAGCUAGAAGGCAGGCCGGAAACUGAAUACAGGAAAGCUCAAACGUUUUCAGGCCAUGAAGAUGCUCUGGAUGACUUCGGAAUAUAUGAAUUUGUUGCUUUUCCAGAUGCUUCUGGUGUUCCCAGGAUGCCAAGCAGACCUGUUCCAGCUUCUGAUGGUGUAUCAGGGCAAGAUCUGCACAGUACAAUUUAUGAAGUCAUUCAGCAUAUUCCCGCCCAACAGCAAGACCAUCCAGAGUGAGCUUUUAUGGGCAAAGCAGUACAUUGGAGUGAAAUAAUGAAGGAACAUUUUGAGGAAAAACAGUGGAUAUGUCUAUUCAUCUGGAAUCAGUGAAGAAAUCAAGCUCAAUACCUCUUACUCAUUAGUCUUUAAAUGCAAGAUAGAAGCAUUUAUGAAAGUUUGACUGCAGGCUUUCCAGCAUAAACAUGGCGUCUUGUGCAACGAGGAAAAUGGUAUGAAAAUAUUCCUUGGUGGACAGUCUUUAUCAUGCUGACUGGGAGAAAGAAAAGGACAGGGCUUUCCAGUCACUCUUUUUAUAUCAAAUUUCUCUAAAGGCCCAAUUAGUUCUAAUCUAUGCUCUUACUUUCAUCAACAUUGACACUAUCCUAUCUCACCUACAAAUAUGGAAACUUUACAUCUGUAAAUUUUUCAGCAGGCUUUGUUUUACUAAAUUCUCAUGACUGUUAAGAUUGCUAAACUUAUUUUUAUUUUAUUCCCAAAUUUCUAUCUUGUUAUUUGUACCACAGAAUAUUAAUAAUAAGGAUCGUUGUCCCAAAGCAAGAACUGUGUCUUCCCUCCUUGUUUGUCAAUUACCAAUGGUGUUUGUGAGAAGACUUGUAAAAAACACUUGAGGAAAUGACUUAUUAAAGUCUUAUCCUUAUUUUUGUUCAAGGAAAGAAGGAUUCAAAUAAAUUAUUCUGUCUUUGCUUUUA